UAUUUGUUGUGUUUUUGUGUUGCUGUGUAAAAAGCCGUUUUGGUUCUUUGUUGAUCGGAAACUCCGUCAGAGUGAGACGUCUGUUCUUCCUGCUGCUCUCUGUUGUAAACACACGUAGCUUUCAGCGAGCAGCUGCUCUCAUGUCUCCCCAGGUCUCCGAGCUUGUUUUCGGCAGAAAUUCCCCCGCUCUCUGACAGCCUGCUCUCGGCGUGUCUCUCUCCGGACGGCAGACGGGAUGCUCCGGUUCUGGUUCGAAGCGGCGGUCGUCCUCUGGCUCGUCCCCGCGUCAGUGUACGCCGCAGCCCGGCUGUACACGGAGGACGACCCGCUGGAGAUCCUGACCAGCAGCAGCCUGAAACCCGCCGUCACUAACUCGUCCUCGGCCUGGCUGGUCCAGUUCUACUCGUCCUGGUGCGGACACUGCAUCCAGUACUCCAGCACAUGGAGGGCCCUGGCCCAGGACGUCAAAGACUGGCAUCAGGCGGUCAGCGUCGGCGUGUUGGACUGCGCUCAGGAGGAAAACUUUGAUGUCUGUAAAGAUUACAGCAUCAAGUUCUACCCGACAUUCAAAUAUUUUCGGGCCCACAGUUCAGAGAGCGACAGAGGGACGACGUACAGAGGUGCAGACAGAGAGAUCCAGUCAGUGAGACAGUUGAUGGUAAACAUCCUACAGAAUCACACCAAACUGGACUGGCCGGAUCACUGUCCUCCACUGGACCCCUACAGCUCUGUGCAGCUCCUCCCUCUGUUAGGUCAAAGGUCAGAUCACUAUACUGCCAUCAUCGUAGAGGAACCAGACUCCUACGUAGGACGGGAGGUGAUCCUGGACCUGCUGCAGUACUCAGGUGUGCAGGUGAGGAGAGCUGUGAGCUCUGAUCUCCCCCUGCUGGACGCUCUGAAGAUCACAACCUUCCCCUCCAUCUACCUGCUGCACCCCAACGGAACACACACACACCUGCACGUUCAGAAGAGGCUGCGUUUCUUCUUCUCCUCCUUGUUGAGGACGUUGCCGGGUGUUCAGCGCAGGUUGAAGUCGAGCAGCAGCAGUUCCAGUGACGGUCAGACGGUGGCGCUGCCAGACAAACACAGCACAGAGCCGUGGAGAGACUUCGACAGGUCGAAGGUGUACUCAGCUGAUCUGGAGUCGGCGCUGCACUACCUGCUCAGAGUUGAACUGGCUACCCAUAAUACACUGGAGGGGGAGGAGCUGAAGAUCUUUAAGGACUUUGUGACUUUGGUUGCCAAGUUGUAUCCAGGUGGAGGUUCGGUGGUGAAGCUGAUGGAGACUCUCUCUGAUUGGCUGCUCAGUCUGCCGCUGCAGCGAAUCCCCUACCAGGCCGUCCUGGACCUGGUGGACAACAAGAUGAGGAUCUCAGGUGUGUUCCUGGGGGCGGAGCUUCGCUGGGUUGGUUGCCAGGGCAGCAGGGCGGGGCUGCGGGGUUACCCAUGUUCCCUCUGGACUCUGUUCCACGUCCUGACCGUCCAACAUGACGCCAUGCCAACCGCACUGGACAACACAGCUCUGGAGGGCGAGGCAGCUGCGGUGCUGCAGGUGAUGCGUCGGUACAUCCGGACGUUCUUCGGCUGCGAGCAGUGCGGUCGACACUUCGAGCAGGCGGCAGCGGCGAGUUUGGAGACGGUUCAGAGCAGAGAGCAGCAGAUCCUCUGGCUGUGGAACCAACACAACAUGGUCAACUACAGACUGGCCGGCUCUUUCAGUGAUGACCCCCUCUUCCCUAAAGCUCCAUGGCCCAGCCCCUCCCUCUGCUCCUCCUGUCACGAGGAGAAAAACGGCAUCCACGUCUGGAAUCACGACAAUGUCCUCCUCUUCCUCCGCCAGCACUACGGAGCCUCCAACCUGUCCCCGAAAUACUCCCUGACCCCCCCGCGACUCCCUGCACCUCCUGCUGAUCCUGAACCUGCACAGACCAGCCGGCCUCAGGAGGAGGAGAAGCAAGGAGGGGAAGGAGGAGGAGAGAGGAAGGAGCCAGAGAGGAGAGCUGAGGAGCAGCCGGAGCCUCGACCCGGACACCAGGCCCUGAGGGAGGAGGAGCUGGGCCUGAGGGGGGCGGGAGGAGGUGCAACAGGAGGUGCAGGAGCAGGAGGAGGAGUGUGGAUUCUGGGUUUGGGGUUCAACAGUGUGGACAUGAGUCUGUGUGUGGUGCUCUACGUCUGCUCCUGCCUCUUCCUCAUGCUCCUCUUCUUCUUCUUCAAAGUCCGAUCCAGGAGGUGGAAACUCCGACACUCGCGCCUCUACGUCUGACCCGGACCGGACCGCUUUAAUCUGGACCGGACCACUUUAAUCUGGACCGGACUGGCUUAAUCUGGACCAGACCAGAGCGGUUUAAUCUGGACCGGACCGGUUUUAUCUGGACCGGACCGGUUUAAUCUGGGUCAUGUCUGUUUUGACUGUGAAUAUUCAGACGCAGCCCUGGACCAGGCUGGUUUUUGGUUUGUUGUGGUUCAGAUGUGGAACCUGGUCUGAAUUUAUUUAUUUUGAAAUUUUUAAAAAACUCAGACUGUGUUUUCUAAACUGUGUGUUGGACCUGGACCUGGACCUGGACCUGGACCUGGACCGUCUUCGUUUCACACCUGAUCAGUCCCUGAAGGAUUUCAGAGAUUUUUUGUGAUUAUUGAGGCCAAAAUUGUUUGAUUUUGCAGCAACUUUUCUCAAAAACUGCGACUCAGUUUGCGAUGUUUUAUGUGCUCUUAUUGCAGGAAAAAUGAUGAGGAAGGAAAAUAAAACUACUGCCAAUGAAGAAUCAUAUGUAAUCACUUCCUGCGCGCUGCAGAUACCACGACAUGAGAUGUGACAGUUGGUCACAGAUCAGUUUGUUCAUUUGGACAUUUUAUGCAGAAAAGUUGCAGUAAUUUAGCAACUUUGCAGAGAUUUCUUGAACUUGCAUUAAUUACUGCGAUCACAAAGUCAUAAUUUCCAGGACGGACUGGCUGUAGCAACUACCGGCUCCUCUAACGCUCUCUGAUUAAAGGCGUUUUCAAGAUUCAAGAGCUUUUAUUGUGACAUGAAAGGAUCACAACAGGUUAAAGGAAGUGAGUUCAGUUAGUUUUCAACAUAAAGCUCCUUCGCUCUGAGUCAGUAGAUGAGCUGUCGAUGAACUUGGUUCAGUUUCUUUUCACACACAGAAACGUCACUAACAACCAGGUGAGAACGUUCUCUCCUCUGAUUGGUUAGAUGUGUCUAGGGGUGGGAGCGAGAAUGUAAACACAGGAAGAAGCUCCUCUGUCAAAAUAAAACAUUUCGCUAGUCCAGGUCAGGUCUUGAUUCGUUCUCCGGCGAGCUGUUUAUGGCGAGUUGAUCGUGCCAGUUGACUGACUGAGGCUGCAGAGAAGAGGAAGGAACGUCUCCUGGCGGCGUUAUCGUAAUCAGUCAUAAACCGCCAUCUAAAAAAACGUCUACUAAGUAUGUCUGAACUUGGUUUGUUGGUUUUACACCGUGUAAUAAACGCGUCGCCUGGUUACCAUCAGACAUCGCAGCAUUUUUAAGUUGUUUGUUUUCAUGUAGAGAACAGAUGAGUUCAGAUUUAUUUAUGUUUUAUAAAUUAUUUCACUUCUUACAACCUGAAAAUAGUUUUAAUGUAGUAACGAUCCAGUUAGUCAUUAAUGCUGUAAAUGACUCCAACACAGUAAAAUUUGCAUUCCUAAAUCUAUUUGUUAUAAUGUUGCUUUUAUUUUAUUUUUUACUUUCCAUAAACAUAGAAGUGCUUUAUUUUGAAAAAUUGGAAAUUGACAGGAAGUCACACUGGCGACGGCGCACAGGUCCCGUUCUCUCAUGUAAACGUCACGACCGUCUCCUUCGGGAGGUGGUCGUGUCUCUGUCCACGCGCCAAACACGUUAAAUUCUCUCAUCAACAUCCCAGCAUGCAAAGCGAAACCGGCUACGGGAGCCGAGUAGUCGGUCGUAUCUCGUCCCCGCAGCAAACAAUCCGCUCCAGUCUUGGUUUGUGAUCCAGACCUCCUCCACUAGAGGGUCCGAGGAGGAAAACCAACCAGAUAACGCCCUAAACUACCCAGAAUCCCACAGGAGGGACCCCAUGAGAGACCAGGACCACAGGGGGACUGAACGGGACCAGACCGGUCUCUCAGACUUCACUGUGUGCCAAAUGUCUCACCUGCCGACAGACGACUCACCUGUCCUGUGUGUGUGUGUGUGUGUGUGUGUGUGUGCUUGUGUGUGUAUAUAUUUCUCUUUACUGUGAAACAUGGACUGUCCCGAUGAUGAUUGAUUGAAGUGUUAUUGAUCAGCUGAUUGGUUAUUUUAAACGACGUCCACAUGAAGCCACUAAAUAAGAGUUUCAGCUCAUUUCUGCAAAUUCAUCCGUCCACAUGAAAACACCGACACAGGUGAUUCUCCUACUGGGCACGUGCAGGUCAGCCACAGAAAACCAGUGAAGAAGAAACAGUUUACUGUUUCCGCUGCGGCUUCCUGACGUUUAGUUUAUUGCAGCAGAUUUUAACAGUCUGAGCAGAGAAAGAUGGUCGUUUAACUCUGAACAAGCUGUCAAAAGUAGAAAAUAAAGAGAACAACACUCGUAUGAAGCGUC